AUGAUUUUAUAAAAAAGAGAAAAAUUCAGAUGUAGCAUUAGAAGAGAAGCAUUAGAGAAUCAUUUCAAAUUGGCUAGAGAAAAAGUCCAUCAAAAUAAUACUAAUUUAUAAUUAAUUCAAAAGUAUGAAUAAUUAAUACAAGCUAAUGUAAUUGAUUCCGAUUUCUUACAAGAAUCUAUCCUUCUCCUAGAAAGUACAAAUGAUGAAGAUCUUAUAGUCAUCAUUCUUAGAUAUAUUGAAAAAUUUGACCUAUCAAAUCAAUCAUAUAAAUUGUCUGAAGCACUAAUAAAAUAGUUAAAUAACACUAAAAUUAAUAGUUUAUAAUUCUAUGUAAGAAACUUAUUAUUAUAUAGCUUAUUGUAUCAAUAACUAAUAUUUUAUCUUUACAAAACUCAGAAACAUUUACACAAUUUGUUUCAUUUAAAUUAUUAAUGUCUGUCUCAGAAAUUCUUGAUAGUUUUACAGAAUUAGAUAUUAUACCCAAUUUAUUAGAGUGUAUUUCAUGUUGGCCAUAUUAAUUUAUUAAAAUGAACUCUGACUAAUAAUAACUCAAAUUGUUAUAAUCCAUUAAAACCUUUAAAUAAUAUGAAGAACUAAAUUUUUAUAAAUUUCUUAUUAAAAUAACAGAAGAAAUCUAAAAUGAUGAAUAUCUUUUUACUUACUUAAUAAAGAAUAAAUACAUUUAAGAAGCUAUAGAUGAUUUUAAAGAUAACAAAAUGUAUGUUCUUGACUUUUUUAUUAAUUUAUCUUUUUUAGAAGGUGAAUAAUUAAUGCAGAUAAUAUCAUAUCAAUUCUUAUCUCCCAUAAUUUUUGAAUUAAAUAAGGAUAACAAAAUCCAAGGAGGAUUAUAUAUACUUAUUCGGAAUCUGUUAUUAUCAAAUUAUUAAAUUCGAUUAUAUUUCUAUGAUUUUAAAAUUUAUUAACACCUUUCAUAUGGCAUAGAAUAUUGUUUAGAUAGAUUGGAUAUUACUAAUUUAGAAGAAGUAAUAUUAUUAUUUAUUUUAGAUUUUAAUGUGCAUAAAAUCAGUAAUUUAAUAGGAUGAAGUAUCUUAUGCUAGUACUAAAUAAUAAAUAAUAUCAUCUGAGAUUGAAUUAAUGUUAUAAAAUAUUUUUUUAUCUUUGGAGAAUUAAAAAGAUAUUUUCAUUUUGA